UCAACUCUAGGGAGGAGUUAUGCAAAUUAGCAGAACAACCUCUAACCACAUCGAGGGUCUUGAGCUUGGGGUUCCUCUGUGUGCAAGGUGUGUCGCUUGGUACCAAAAUACCACACAUUAACUGAGAGUAAACGUCGCAUUGUGAAGAGAGUACACGGAACAUGGCAUCAAAAUGUCCCAAAUGCGACAAAACGGUGUAUUUUGCGGAGAAGGUGUCCUCGCUGGGGAAGGACUGGCACAAGUUCUGUCUGAAGUGUGAGCGCUGCAACAAGACCCUGAACCCUGGGGGUCAUGCUGAGCACGACGGAACUCCAUACUGCCACAAGCCCUGCUAUGCUGCCCUCUAUGGACCAAAAGGUGUCAACAUUGGCGGUGCGGGCUCCUACGUAUACAACACUCCAGCCAAUGAGGCCCCUGCUAGCGUUUCCAUGGAGACAGACGCGAAGCCCGCUGAGGAGAAGAGGCCUCCUGUGCGAGGCCCCGUGAAGGCUGCCAGUUUCACGUCCUUCUCCGGCGGGCCCAACGAUUGCCCCCGGUGCAACAAGACCGUUUACUUUGCUGAGAGAGUGUCCUCUCUGGGUAAGAACUGGCACCGGCCCUGUCUUCGCUGUGAGAGGUGCAGUAAGACCCUGACUCCUGGCAGCCAUGCAGAGCAUGACGGCCAACCUUACUGUCACAAACCAUGUUAUGCUGUCCUGUUUGGGCCAAAAGGUGUUAACACAGGAGGUGUGGGAAGCUACAUCUAUGACGAGAGCGGGGCUGAGCCACAGCCAUAAACUGUACUAUAGUCCUCAUGUGGUUGCUUCCAUGAUGCAUUGCUCUCCCCAGGCUUAUAACCUGAAGUUAAGACCCUUACCUAAACUCAUCCACCUCUCAACGAGUCCAUAAACCUAACCACCAGUUACGUGGUUACUAAACGAAACCAUACUUUUACUUAAGUAAACCAUCUGUUAACCUAAUACCUAAACUAAACCUUCUGUCAGCAUUACCAAACCAUCACCAGCAUCAGGCAAUUUCAAUCAUUAAACAUAAACGUAACCAUCCCUGAUCUAAAAUGAUGAAAAUGUUUCCAAUGCACAAUGGGAAACAACCACAGGACAACGUUUAGUUUACUUUUUCCCUUGGAGACAUCCCCCUGCCAGCCCCCCAUCAAACUCUCGAGGAACCCAAUUGUCUUUAACCCCUUCCCCGUUGGGGGGUCGGUCUACCCCCUGCCUGAUGACCUAUUUAGAAGCUCUCUCUACGUAGCUUUCUGUUGUUGAAAUCUGGGACAGUAACAGCUUCUCACUGUAUUUUUGGCUUCCACCCACACGGUGACUAACACGUGUUACGCAACAUGUAUUACACACAGAGAUGUAUGUUUCAGUUUUAUUUCUAUAUUGUUUAUAUCUAUUUUUUGUAUUGAAGCUAAUCGUUAGAUCCACCAGUAUGAUGUUUAAAAAAGCGGUGGCUGUCAAAUUGUGUCACGUUAAAGUGUUAAUUGUAGCCAAAUAAUAAGUUGGGAUUUCUCCUUUUGCCAAAUGAGUGGCCUGGUAUCUAAUUUUUUUUUAGCUAUCAAUACUGAAUUGUUUCUAGUGCAGUAAAAAAAUAUAGAAAUGUGAGAAUCUCCAUGCUCUUGUUUGAAGAAAGGGCAAUUGAUCUCGACGUAUGUGGUUGGUUUGAAAAGGUCAUCUGUCAAUCACAUUUUGUACAAUAAAUCAUGUGAAACCAAA